CCGGGUCUGUCUGCCAAAAUGUCUGAAAGAUCAGAUCUCCUUCACUUCAAGUUUGAAAAUUAUGGAGAUUCAAUGUUACAAAAAAUGAACAAAUUAAGAGAAGAGAAUAAAUUUUGUGAUGUUACAGUUCUCAUAGAUGAUGUUGAGGUGCAGGGGCAUAAAAUUGUUUUUGCUGCAGGUUCCCCCUUCUUAAGAGACCAGUUUUUACUGAAUGAUUCCCGAGAGGUGAAAAUCUCCAUAUUACAGAGUUCUGAAGUGGGGAGACAAUUUCUCUUAUCCUGUUAUAGUGGUAUGCUGGAAUUCCCUGAGAUGGAGCUGGUAAAUUACUUGACUGCUGCGAGCUUUCUUCAGAUGAGCCACAUUGUAGAACGGUGCACACAGGCGCUGUGGAAGUUUAUAAAGCCAAAACAACCAAUGGAUAGUAAAAAGGGAUGUGAACCACAGAGUGCGUCUCCCCAGUCGAAAGAACAGCAGGGAGAUGCCAGAGGCUCUCCAAAACAGGACUUACCGUGUAUUCAUCCAUCUGAAGACAGUAUGGAUAUGGAGGACAGUGAUAUUCAGAUUGUUAAGGUAGAAUCUAUUGGGGAUGUAUCAGAGGUUAGAAGUAAAAAAGAUCAGAACCAGUACAUUUCUUCAGAACCCACUGUUUUACAUUCAUCAGAGCCCCAGCACUCCCUGAUAAACUCAACUGUGGAAAACAGAGUAAGUGAACUAGACCAGAGCCAUCUCCACAAUUACGCCCUCUCUUACACAGACAAUGAUGACAUCAUCAUGACCUCAAAAGAUGUCUUUGGGCCUAAUAUUCGAGGUGUAGACAAAGGCUUACAGUGGCAUCACCAAUGCCCAAAGUGUACCAGGGUGUUCCGUCACCUGGAGAACUACGCCAACAAUUUAAAAAUGCACAAACUCUUUAUGUGUCUACUCUGCGGCAAGACUUUCACUCAGAAAGGCAAUCUUCAUCGACACAUGCGUGUACAUGCCGGAAUUAAACCUUUCCAGUGUAAAAUCUGUGGGAAAACCUUUUCUCAGAAGUGUUCCUUACAGGACCAUCUUAACCUUCACAGUGGAGACAAGCUCCAUAAAUGUAACUAUUGUGACAUGGUUUUUGCACAUAAGCCAGUUUUGAGAAAACACCUUAAACAGCUGCAUGGCAAAAACAGCUUUGAUAAUGCCAAUGAGAGGAAUGUGCAAGACCUCACAGUGGAUUUUGAUUCUUUGGCAUGUACAACAGUCACAGACUCUAAAGGUUGUCAACCACAACCUGAUGCAACACAGGUCCUGGAUGCAGGUAAACUGACCCAAGCUGUCCUCAGCUUAAGGAGUGAGAGUACAUGUGUAAACUAAGGAGGGGCCUAGUGCUCACAGCUAGAAUCGACUGAGAGUGUGGCAAUAGUGCUAAGUCUUUGUAGGAAUGGUUUGGAUAGCUUCUCCAAAGCCUCCAAGCAAGUGGUUGUGGUUGAGCACGAACAGACCAGGCAGCUCCCACUUGCAGUGGCUUUGCUUUCCUUUAGCCCUCUCCAGGCUCAUUUUUGAGUUAUUUAUCCUGUCAUGUCUAUUUUCCUUUCCUAAGGAAUAAUUCCAUUUGUCUACCUAGUGUCAAUUCAUGUCUUAGACUGACACUAUUUUAAUCUUUUUAUCAAGCACAUUCUGAAGGUACUAACAUAACAUCACCUACUUCCCACUAAUAGAUGCUGUGCUUAGAAAAGUUCAUAUUCUUCUUUGGGGGAAAAUGAGUCUGGGAUAUGAGGUUAUACUG